AUGCCACACAAUCCGAUGGCGAGCCAACACCAGCAGCAGCUGCAGGGCUUCUGGGCGCAUGGCCGGUUCUACGGCGGCUGGAGACCGAGAAAAUACCCCUUCCCGAUAGAUGCUGAAGAGCUUAAUAGGCUUGAUUUGUUCCACAAGUUCUUCCUUGUUGCUCGAAAAGAAGCAGUAUGUGGGCAAAACUUGAACUUCGGUCGACCUGCCAGAGUUUUGGACUUGGGAACGGGAACGGGAAUUUGGGCCAUCAACCUUGCUGAAGAAUUGGAGCAGCUUCCCGAGAUUAUGGCUGUUGAUCUUAAUCUGGUCCAACCGGCUCUAAUACCUCGCGGCAUGGUCACGGUGCAGUUUGACAUCGAGGAGCCCUCAUGGGAUUCUCUGAUGUGGGACUGUGACCUGGUACAUGUCCGAAUGCUCUUCGGCAGCAUUCAGACAGACCUGUGGCCUAGCACGUACCGCAAAAUCUUCGAGCACCUGACUCCAGGCACGGGCGUUCUCGAGCAUGUGGAGAUCGAUUGGGUCCCCCGGUGGGAGAGCAGCGGCGACUUCCCCGAGAAUUCAGCGUUCAAAGAGUGGUCUGACGCAUAUCACAAAGCGCUGGACCUCUUCAACCGCAGCGCCAGAGUUUCCACGCAGCAGACCAGGCUCAUGAUCGAGCAAGCCGGCUUUUGCGACUUUAGGGAGCAGACUGUCCGCUGCUACGUGAACCCAUGGUCUUCCGAUACCUGGGAAAAAGAUACUGCAAGGUGGUUUAACCUGGGUAUGAAGCAUGGCCUUGAGGCUAUCAGCCUGAUGCCAAUGGUUGAAAGACUAGGUAUGACGGUGGAGGAGGUUAAUGACCUUUGUGCGCGAGUCAAGGAGGAGAACACCAAACUGCGGUACCACGGCUACUGUACAGUGUGA